AUGGCGGCUUCCAGCUGGGCGCGUACAGCUGUGGUGCUGCUUUGUGCCUCUGACCUCUUGCUGCUGCUGCUACCACUUCGGGCUUGCGCCACUGGGGACCCCACCGGAGCACCUGACGAGGCUACUCCACCCUCACGAAAGAAGAAGAAGGAUAUUCGUGAUUACAAUGAUGCGGACAUGGCGAGGCUCCUGGAACAGUGGGAGAAAGAUGAUGACAUCGAAGAAGGAGAUCUUCCAGAGCACAAAAGACCCUCUGCACCUAUUGACUUCUCACAGAUUGAUCCGGGCAAGCCUGAAAGCAUACUGAAAAUGACGAAGAAAGGGAAGACUCUGAUGAUGUUUGUCACUGUCUCAGGAAGCCCCACAGAGAAGGAGACGGAGGAAAUCACUAGCCUGUGGCAGGGCAGUCUUUUCAAUGCCAACUAUGAUGUCCAGAGGUUUAUUGUGGGAUCCGACCGUGCUAUCUUCAUGCUUCGUGAUGGGAGCUAUGCCUGGGAGAUCAAAGACUUCUUGGUCAGUCAAGACAGGUGUGCUGAUGUAACUUUAGAGGGACAGGUAUACCCUGGCAAAGGAGGAGGAAGCAAAGAGAAAAAUAAAACCAAGCAAGAGAAGAGCAAAAAGAAGAAGGAGGGGAAUCCAAAAUCUCAGGCUUCAAAGGAAGAUAAUCGAGCUGGGAAUAAAAGAGAAGACCUAUAA